UCAUAGGUUUAGGAAGGGAGGGAGAGAAAAGGAGAGAGGGAGAGAGAGUGACAGCUGACAAUAGAGGAAAUGGUGGGAGGGGUUUAGAGAGGGGAAGAAGACAAAGAUCGGGGGAGUUCAAGAGAGAGAGGACAAAGAGGCCAAGAACUCCCAGAAGCUCCACCACAACCACCUUCCCAACACCUUCCCACCACCUUCCUCACCACCUUUCUCACUUUCCCCAUCUUCUACAUUUACUCCUCCCACUCCCCCAUCCUUUGUCCGGAUCACAUCUCUCCCCCUCUCUAAGUACAGUCUUCAAUCUUCACGCCCACUCAUUCAUUCUCCUGUGUCACCCCCUAACCUUACCCACCAACCGUAGCUCCCUCCGGCUCCUCCGAGUUCGACUCAUCCUGAACUCGGUUGCCAGCCAAGGAGUUCCACCCUCUUAACUGCUUUUUUCAGCUACAUUUCUUUUGCAAAUUUCAGCUCAACUCCUCGUUUUUGUUGGUUUUCGUAAAACACUGAGUCAACUCAGUCGAAGCGCAUUGGAAACUUUUAGCUGUGUAGCAGUAGCUAGAGUUUGAAAAUUUUAGCUAUUUUUUGGGUGUGGGGUUGAGGAAUUUGUUGAUUUUUGUAGGGAGAGAAAAGAGUGGUGGGGAGUGAGGAAUCCGAUGGCUGGGAUUGGGUCGAAAUGGUGGGGUUUGAGAAGAGUGGCGUUGAUUCUGGUGACUUUUCUUGGUGUAGCUUCAGUGCUGGUCUCAGCAGAACGAACUUUGAAGCAAGAAAGUUCAAGUCAUGAUGGGAGUGAGCCCGGUUUGAUGACCAAAAUAGUGAAUUUCUUAUGGGACCCAAACCUAUCGGCAUAUGAACAUGUGUGGCCGGACAUGAAAUUCGGCUGGCAAAUUAUUGUUGGAACAAUAAUUGGAUUCUUUGGAGCAGCUUUCGGAAGUGUAGGAGGUGUUGGUGGGGGUGGCAUUUUUGUUCCCAUGCUUACUCUGGUUAUUGGGUUCGAUGCAAAAUCAUCGACUGCAAUUUCGAAAUGUAUGAUCAUGGGUGCCGCAGCCUCGACUGUUUACUACAAUCUUAAGCUGAGGCAUCCUACACUUGACAUGCCUAUUAUCGACUACGAUCUGGCACUUCUAUUCCAACCAAUGUUGGUGUUAGGGAUCAGUAUUGGAGUUGCUUUCAAUGUGAUUUUUGCUGACUGGAUGGUUACUGUCUUGCUAAUCAUUCUCUUCAUAGGCACAUCAACUAAAGCCUUCUUCAAAGGUGUAGAGACAUGGAAAAAAGAGACCAUAAUAAAAAAGGAGGCCGCUAAACGCUUGGAAUCAAAUGGUACUGGUAGUGAAGAUGGGGAAUACAAAGCUCUACCUGCAGGGCCCAAUGAUGGCACUCAAAGGGACACCAAUGCACAUAAAGAUAAAGAGGUCUCUAUUAUUGAGAAUGUGUGCUGGAAGGAGCUUGGUUUACUCUUUGCUGUCUGGGUCAUAAUCCUUGGUCUGCAGAUUGGCAAGAACUACACCUCAACUUGUUCAGCUGGAUACUGGACAUUAAACCUGCUGCAGGUCCCUGUGGCUGUUGGAGUAUCGGGAUAUGAGGCAGUUUGCCUGUAUAAGGGACGAAGAGUGAUUGCAUCCAAGGGAGAGGAAGGCACAAACUGGAAAGUUCACAACCUUAUCUUUUACUGUGGUGUUGGUGUUCUGGCUGGAAUUGUUGGUGGGCUGCUUGGUCUUGGUGGAGGAUUCAUCCUGGGUCCACUGUUUUUGGAGCUGGGAAUCCCUCCUCAGGUGUCAAGUGCCACUGCUACCUUUGCCAUGACAUUUUCCGCAUCCAUGUCUGUUGUGGAGUAUUAUCUUUUAAAACGUUUCCCAGUUCCCUAUGCCCUAUACUUUGUUGCUGUGGCGACUGUUGCUGCAUUUUUGGGGCAACAUGUUGUUAGGAAGCUGAUUAACAUACUAGGACGAGCAUCUUUGAUCAUCUUCAUCCUGUCCUUCACUAUCUUUGUGAGCGCAAUCUCACUAGGUGGAGUAGGCAUAAAGGACAUGAUAGAAAAGAUCGAGCAGAAGGACUACAUGGGAUUUGAGAACCUCUGCACUUACGAGUCUUAAAAUCCGCAGUCAACUCCCCGCAAGCUUUAAAUUUCUACUCAUACUUCUGUAUUUAACUUUGAAUUCUUGGGAUUAAGGAAAGAUUAUAUGUUGCUCUAGGAUAGUAGCUUGAGUUUACAAUUAUGCAUUGUAAUUUACAAUUCCUUACCUUUCAAUUGAAAUUUUACUUUUGCCUUGUUUCA